UUGAAGCACCAAGCAAAACUACUAAACCUGUAUAAAUUUAGUAAGCAACCAAAAGGCAAGAAAUUAACUAUCAUGGCUGCCAAUUUAACUUUACCAUAUGCAGCGGGCAUCCCAGCUCCAGCAUGCCAGCAGCGUCAUAGAAGCAUGGUGAUCAAGGCGCAGAAAACCAAUAUCAUGGCCAAUCCACCUGCAGUACAGCACUGUGAAAAAGCCAGCGGCUUUGGUUCCAUACCACGCCAUCCUCUUACACAGCCUUCAUUCAGUACCAGAUGGAACAACACAAUGGUGGUGGGUGCUUAUCCCGACUUGAAAUUAGAAGUUAUACCGGGAAUUCCAGUAUAUACAAAAGGUCGGCUUGAGAACUUUUCUGGUGAACUUAUGAAGUUGGACGAUAAGACCAUUUGGGAAGGGCUUCGACCUGAAAAACUCGACAAAGAAAUCGAGGAUGGACAAACCGGCUUUCUUUUGCAGAAAGCUGACUCGGGAGGUUCAAUUGGAGGACUCGAAUAUGUAUUCCCAGGAGAUGAAUAUAAGUGGGUGAUUGCUUGGAGCAACGCCAGAAAUGAUCUCAAUAAGGUCUACACUGUGAUCCUUCGUGACGCCGCUGAUUGGAAUGAAAUCAAACAAAGUCUCGAUGCAUCCGGCCAAGAAAGCAUAUUCAUCGGCCAUAAACAUAGCAUCCCAUACUCUUCAGUCGUUGUGAUUGAUAAAACCAGCCCUACGCCAACAAUGGUGGCAGUACUUCUAAAGGCAGGAGUACCCCUAGCAUCCACCAAAUCCACUCUGGCAGCCGCCAAUAUCUCUAAAGACCUUACACAAGCCGACGAACAAAUCUCUACGGACCUUAUACAAGCCAACGGCGCAAGGGUAGCACCAGAUACUCAGGAAGCAGAAAAGCAGAUGGCAGCAGGUGGUUAGACACGAUCUUGAUAAAGUAUAUAAUUAGUUGGCUUUCCUUAUCGAUCAAACUGUGCUGUGCGGUUAUGUAACUAUAUAUUACUAUUACAAUAAAUUUGAAAGCCAGCAGUGUUUCGACUGUUACGGGUGUCUUGGUUAUGCAAAAUUUCAGAGUAUAUGUAGCUGAUCAUAUCUGAAAAUAAAAAGCCUACUACUAUCGUAUCAUCUAA